CCCAACCCGGGGCGAAAAGCAGCCAACACCGGCGGCGGCGGCGGCGGCCUCGGCGAGCACGGCCAGCGCGCUCGGACUGCAAGAGGGGUUAAAAGUGUAGAUUGGAUUUCACCCCGGGAAAUCUAGCACGCCGAGUGAACUUGAAUCUUUGGCUAUUUAAGGAGGACUGGGUUUGUUGUGAAGUUGCGGUGAUCCAGCGCAGAGCCCGGUCCUGAUUGAUCGCAUCGCGGGGCUCAGAUGACUGUAAAAUGAAUAGAUGAAUUUUUUGCUUCUUGAAGAUUUUCUUGGGCAUCUCCGGGAAAGUGCGUUUUAAGGCGAAGUCAUGAUGUAUUCUCCCAUCUGUCUCACUCAGGAUGAAUUUCACCCAUUCAUCGAGGCACUUCUUCCACAUGUCCGUGCAAUCGCCUAUACUUGGUUCAACCUGCAGGCUCGAAAACGCAAGUACUUUAAAAAGCAUGAGAAGCGAAUGUCAAAGGAUGAAGAAAGAGCAGUCAAAGAUGAGCUUCUCAGUGAAAAGCCUGAAAUCAAACAGAAGUGGGCAUCCAGGCUCCUGGCCAAGCUGCGUAAAGAUAUCCGCCAGGAGUACCGAGAGGACUUUGUGCUCACCGUGACUGGCAAGAAGCACCCGUGCUGUGUCUUAUCCAAUCCUGACCAGAAGGGUAAGAUUAGGAGAAUCGACUGCCUGCGACAGGCAGACAAAGUCUGGCGUCUGGAUCUAGUCAUGGUGAUCCUGUUCAAAGGCAUCCCCUUGGAAAGUACCGAUGGAGAGCGGCUCAUGAAAUCCCCACAUUGCACAAACCCAGCACUUUGUGUCCAGCCACAUCAUAUCACAGUAUCAGUUAAGGAGCUUGAUUUGUUUUUGGCAUACUACGUGCAGGAGCAAGAUUCUGGACAAUCAGGAAGUCCAAGCCACAAUGAUCCUGCCAAGAAUCCUCCAGGAUACCUUGAGGAUAGUUUUGUGAAAUCUGGAGUCUUCAAUGUAUCAGAACUUGUGAGGGUAUCCAGAACACCCAUAACCCAGGGAACUGGAGUAAACUUCCCGAUUGGAGAAAUCCCAAGCCAACCGUAUUAUCAUGACAUGAACUCGGGGGUCAAUCUUCAGAGGUCGCUGUCUUCUCCACCAAGCAGCAAAAGACCCAAAACCAUUUCAAUAGAUGAAAACAUGGAACCAAGUCCUACAGGAGACUUUUACCCCUCUCCGAAUUCACCAGCUGCUGGAAGUCGAACAUGGCACGAACGAGAUCAAGAUAUGUCUUCUCCGACUACUAUGAAGAAGCCUGAAAAGCCAUUGUUCAGCUCUACAUCUCCACAGGAUUCUUCCCCAAGACUGAGCACUUUUCCCCAGCAUCACCACCCCGGAAUACCCGGAGUCGCACACAGUGUCAUCUCAACUCGAACUCCACCUCCACCCUCACCGCUGCCAUUUCCAACACAAGCUAUCCUUCCUCCAGCCCCAUCGAGCUACUUUUCUCAUCCAACAAUCAGAUAUCCUCCCCACCUGAAUCCUCAGGAUACGCUGAAGAACUAUGUACCUUCUUAUGACCCAUCCAGUCCACAAACCAGCCAGCCUAACAGCAGUGGUCAAGUAGAAGGGAAAGUGCCUGGCCAUUUCACUCCUGUCUUGGCACCCUCUCCCCAUCCCAGUGCAGUGCGACCUGUGACCCUGACCAUGACAGAUACUAAACCCAUCACUACAUCCACUGAAGGUGAGGCAGCUUCACCUACAGCAACCACCUACACAGCCUCAGGCACAUCUCAAGCCAAUCGAUAUGUGGGACUAAGUCCAAGAGACCCAUCCUUCCUACAUCAGCAACAGCUGAGGAUUUGUGACUGGACCAUGAAUCAAAACGGCAGGCAUUUAUACCCCAGUACCAGUGAGGAUACAUUGGGAAUUACUUGGCAAAGUCCUGGUACCUGGGCUAGUUUGGUUCCUUUCCAAGUGUCAAAUAGGACACCCAUCCUACCGGCCAAUGUCCAAAAUUACAGUUUGAACAUAAUUGGAGAGCCUUUCCUUCAAGCAGAAACAAGCAACUGAGGGAAAAAGAAAUUCAACAACGGUUUAAGAAAUUUUUUAAAAACAUGGAAAAAAGGAAGACUGGACAAAACAAAACAAAGGGAGAAAGCAAAGAAACUGAAGAAAGAAGAUAAUAGACCAGCAAUUGCAGCACUUACAAUCACUAAUUCCCUUAAGGUUGAAACUGUAAUGACAUAAAAAAGGGUCGAUGAUAUUUCACUGAUGGUAGAUCGCAGCCCCUGCAACGUAGCCUUUGUUACAUGAAGUCCGCUGGGAAAUAGAUGUUCUGUCUCUAUGACAAUAUAUUUUAACUGACUUUCUAGAUGCCUUAAUAUUUGCAUGAUAAGCUAGUUUUAUUGGUUUAGUAUUCUUGUUGUUUACGCAUGGAAUCACUAUUCCUGGUUAUCUCACCAACGAAGGCUAGGAGGCGGCGUCAGAGGUGCUGGGUGACAGAGCCAUGAGCCAGCCAUUUUAUAAGCACUCUGAUUUCUAAAAGUUAAAAAACACAUAAAAUCUCUGUAGCCUUUAGUUAUCAGUACAGAUUUAUUAAAUUUUGGCCCUUAACCCAGCCUUUUCCAGUGUGUAACCCAGUUUAAAAUCUAAAAAAAAAAAAAAAAAAAAGGAAAAAAAAGAAAAAAGAAAAAAAAAAAACAGUUUGAACACAAAGGCUCUAUGGAAGAAAUGCCUCUAUGUAGGUGAAGUGUUAUCUCUGCAUGCAACAGUAAAAAAUUAAUAUAAUAUUUUCCCCACAAAAGAAACACUUAACAGAGGCAAGUGCAAUUUAUAAAUUUAUAUCUAAAGGGGAAUCAUGAUUAUAAGUCCUUCAGCCCUUGGACUCUAAAUUGAGGGGAUUAAAAAGAAUUUAAAAUAAUUUUGAACGAAUUUAUUUUCUCCUCAGUUUUUGAGGGCAUUAAAAAGGCAUUAAAUCAAGACAAAUCAUGUGCUUGAGGAAAAAAAAAUUAAUGAAAACACAGCACUUAUGUUGGUUUAGCUGCAGCCUCCUUGGAGGUAGAAUUUAUUUAUUUAAAAUUACUGGUUGCAUCAAGAACCCAUAGGGUGUACAAAAGGUUCUAUAAAAUCUGCAUUAUAGAGACAAAGAGACAGGCAAAUCCAUGUCACAAGGGUAAAGCUUACAGUUUACAAACUGGGAACGCCAGGGUGUAGGAUAUAAAAACGCACUCUUGAGAAAACAAAUGUAAUCAGGGUGCUGAAAACUUGCAUGGUGCUUUCAGACAUUAGCCUUGUUCAACAAAUUUCUUGUAUUGACAGAUCCGUAGUGUGCAUGGGCAGACACAUUUUGCCUCUAUGUCUCUUAAAAUUUUAAUUAAAAAUACUCUUUCCAGUAAUCCUAAUUUGCACGAAGAUAUAAUGUCCACAUUACGUGCCUUGCCUUGAAAUCUAAAAUACAAAAAACAAAAAAAAAAACAAAAAAACAAAAAGUGACAUCACUACACUUGUUUUGCUGCAUUUAUUAUCAUUUUAAAUCUUUACCAUUUUUAUGACAAAAUAUUUUGUACUCCAGACGAAGAAAAAUGUGUGACAUCAUGGAUUUUUUAGACAGUUAUACCUUUAUCUCACAUUUAUAAAGCAUAUCAUGGCUGUGUAUAGUUGCCGCUUAAAAAUUGUAAUCGACCAGCAAUAUUUUCAGUAUUUUGGUGUUUUUUCUAUUAACCUUUCAUGUUUUUCAUCUUCCAAUUAAUAUUUGGGGGGGGAGGGGUUUCAAAUUUAUACGAAUUAUGCAAUACCAAGUUUUGCCUAUGUAGGUAGUGCUUUUAGCUGUAUUGGUUAUUAUAGGUAAGUACACAGAUUUAAAAAAAAAAUAAUGUAUGCUUUUUGUUUGUUUGUUUGUUUUAAUUGACCAAAGUGGGUACUGCUAUUUUUGCAGUGUGAUGAGGUCCUUUUGUGUACUGAGAGAUGGACAGGGGAUUUUUUUUUAAUAUACAUAUAUAUAUAUUCUGGGGUGGGUGGGAGGAUUUUUAACACUUUACAGUGUAGCUGUGAAGCAGUGCACCCUGAGAUGGGCCUGGGCUGCAAAGCGACUGUUCUGCCUACUGUGACAAACUUCAACUUACACAGGUUCCCCCUCUCUGACUUCCCACCUGGGGUGCAAGCUGAACUCAUUUCUGGUUUUCAUAACAACAAAUAGUAAGAACAAGCAAACACAACAAAUUCUCCUGGAGGCAGACUUGGCUUAAAAAAACUGUCUUACCUUUUUUGUUGUUGUUGUUGUUGUUAUUGAUGGUGGUGGUAGUUUUUCUGGAAAGUUCCAUAUCCACAGUGGAGAGUGAGUCUAUCUCAUUAUUCAGCAGAUAUUUGUUGAAAUGUCCGUAUAGUGGAUGUUGGAUAUUUCACACUUUUGAACUUUAACAUAGGAAUUUACUUUCUCCUACAGUACACAUCUGACCAGUUGGAGAGCGUGUUCCCAGAGUCUUUCCACCACUUCUCAUCCCUGUUUGUUUAUUUCAUGAAUGAUAGGAUAUGAUUUAUCUACUUUAAACAGAUGACAGUGUAGUUGGAUUUUUUUUUUUCAUCAAGAAGAUUGAACAGAGAGUUACUAUUGAAUGUAUUUGGACUGAUAGAUUAAAAUCAAAGUUCAAUUUUUAAGGAACAACACAAAAUAGUAAAUCUUGUUAAGUUUUCAUUUUACCUGACCUUUAAACUGAGAACCAGAGCAAAGGGAAAUAUAGAAUUUUAAGAAAUUAAUUUUCCUGUGGAUGAAUUAAGCCCAUUAGAUGCAGAUGGAUAUUUUUAAGGAAUGGUACCUCAAAUAUAUAUUUGAUUUAGUUUUUCCUGAGGGCUGGAAGGUGAAUGGAGACUGAUUUUACUUUGUACCCCACCCCCUUGCUAGGCCCCUGCACAGCCCCCCAAAUCCCAUCGAGUGGAUGCAUUGCUAGAAGGAAAAUGUUUCAGAAUUAGUGACACAAGGUAGGCUGUCUUGAGAAGCCCCUUGACCCCUUUCUCCCAGGCAUGGCCUAAUAAAAUAAACUGUCAAUUGUUCUCACAGCAUAUCAUUUAAUAAUGAAUACUUUAGAACAAUGCUUAUGGGCUGGAGAAUUGUAUUUGAUUAGCCCAUUCAGUUUGAUAGCCCCAAUGCUGAAUAGCACAGCGGGAUCUGAGCAGUGCAAGUUCAAAAGUAAGUCCAGUCAUUUCUGUGCUACUUGCCCUGGUAGAAAACAGAUCAUCUCAGCCAAGCUCCUCAUGUAUCUCUGACUUAUUAGAUGAACAAACCAACCUCACAGGACACAGUAUUUUUUAAGGGCAGACUCGCUCUCUUUUUUGCCAGUGAAUGAGCAGUUCUAGCUAAGUAAGUUACACACUGUGGGUAUUCCUGCCUGCCUCUUGGAUACAAAGGCCUAGUUCGAGUGUUGCUUUUUUAUUUUUCUUUUUAAAUCAAUGUUUUCUUUUUUCCUGUUGAGAUAAAACAAUUAAAAAUACUACUAUAUAUAUAAUCUCAAAUCCAUUUUUUGGCCGCCUCCUUUCUUACCAGGAAGUAUAUUCUGACGAAGGGCCCCACUUUUGCAGGUCUUGCACGCCCCUCCCUUACCCAGAGCUGCAGAGCUUCAGGAUGGCGAAGGUCACUCAAGGGCAUCAGUAGGGGGUGGUGUCUCCACCACCAAGUUCCUGGCACUGUUCAGCCUUUGUUGUGUUGCCUUGCAGCCCACCACUCACAGUGCCUCUGAAGCUUGUUUCCCCUGGAGUGACAUGAGCGUUUGAGGCUUGUCUAAGGAACAAAAAUAAAUAAAAGGCAGUGAAGGAGACUGUACAUAAAGACAUGGCAAAAAUCUUAAUUAUAGCAAUAUAGUUAUCGGGUAAUGUUCGGGUGGGCAGCUCCAAUAAAAAAAAUAUGUGAAUGAAUCUGUGAAGCUGCAAGUAGCAAGAAGAGCGAAAGGUCUUCUUAACGAACCGCCUACCUUGUAGACAGUAAUUUGUACACUGUAUAGUUUUGUUAAGAAUUUUUUUUUAAAUUAAAAUUCCCAUGUUUGUAAAGCUAACUUUUUAACAAUGAUAAUGGAACUAUAUGUUGUUUCCAUUUUUAAAGUAAACAAGAAUAUUCCUUGUUUAGAGACUGGACUUGAGUUAAAACUCUCCAGUCUCUUAAGUUAUGUAUUAAAAAAAAAAAAUCUGUCCAUGUUAGGAGUUAUUUCACAGAUUCCUGUGCUUGAAAAGCAUAGGAUACUAAUCCUUUAAAAAAGUGUAAAUGGAGAAAAGUUAUAUUUUAUGAAGGUUAUUUUGUUGUAUUUAGUAUUGGGAAAGUUGGUUUUCAGAGCAUUUCAGAAUGUCGGAAGCACCACUGUCUUUUUAUGAGUAUAUACGGCCUUUAGCAAAAGUUGUUGUGAUUGUUACGUGAUGGUAUUUAAGGUUAAGUUUCACAGAGCAUUCAGGAUAGGCAGAAAACUAAAACAGUGCUGUCUCACAUCAUGUGUCCUCAGGGAGCAGGAUCUUGGAUUUGUGACUUGUAGCUUCAUAAGGACUCAACGAAAGAGAUUGCACAGGGACAUCUUCAGCAGUGUGACAGCAGGACAUGUUCUUGACCUAGACUCAAAAUUCUAUGUACCGUGUGAAACGAUGAAGGCUGCAGAAAGUUUUCCCAUAUUCAGUGUACAGUAUUCAUUUUUAAUGAAACAACUCUACAAUAUUGCUGGCAGAUAGGCCCCACGCAUGACAUUCAGUAUAGUUUACAUGUUCCUGUCAAGGUCUUUUGUUAACAUUAACCAGCUGCAUGCUUCCUGGACUUUAAGAAAUUGGGUUUCUAUAGAAAACUUUUUUUUUUUUUUUUUAAUGUGCAGGCUAUUCAAAUUCAAUAGUAAAAGCUCAAAAUUGAAUGUUCUACUCCAUGCUGAAGGAGCUGAAAGCUGCCUUCUUCAUAUUUUGCACUUUCUGGUAGUUCCCCUGUUUUUUCUAAUUCCUUAAAAUUGUGUGGGUGGAGUGGAGCCCUGCAGUUGGAGGGUAACAUGGACCACUUGUUUUGCCCUUUGACCCUGCACAAUGACCUUUGCAUCAGCCAAACUCAUUGCCAUGACAACUCUUUGUACUGUGUCCGUGCCACAGAUCUGUUGGUCACAUUGUUAAUAGUAAAGGGGACAAGUUGGAGACGGUCAAUUUUUACAUUUUUUGUUGCAAUUUUUUCUUCAAUGGUUGUAAGUAGUUUUUUUUUUUUUUUUUUUUUUUUUUUUUUAAAUAAAAGGGUUCACUAGUUAAUACUCUUUAGAAAUAUCUGUGUGUUGCAAUUCAAAUGUAUGUUGAGAUUGUGAAAAGCGCUUCAGUGCCACUAGCCUACCAGGACACUAGACUAAGCCUUUGAUAACUUUCAUUGCAUGACACACUACAAGUAACGAAAGGUGGCCUAAUUACAGGAAAAGCAGUGUAAGCUAGUGGCACUAAAGCCCGUCUUGUAUUACUGUAUUUUUGACAGAAUGGUUUUGAAAACUGUGCUACAGGGACUGAUGUGGCAAAUAUAUCUCUUUAUGCAGAAGGAAGUCUUUUUUUUUUUUUUU